AUUCUCCAGGAGCAACACCAGGGAUCCUGGAUUAGUCCUGGAACAAUCAAAAUCCUUACAGGAAAGCCCAUUGAAUAUAGAAAACUCUUGAUUUUGAAGUUGAAGAUGAAUCCUAAAGAAGAAAAGCAAAGCACAAGCGGCAAAUAGAAAUGUUAUUGCAUUACCUUCCUUCAAGAAUUUCUUUGCCGCUCAACCCUCCACAUUUCCAUACGCUUCCUUCAACCUCUUUGUCUUUGUUACUACUCCCAAAGGAAAGAAUGAUCCCAACCAUGUCCUCCUCUUCUUCUUCAGCGUCGUCAUCUGUAAAAAACUCCCAAAAAGAAGAAGAUGAAGAACAAGAAAAGGUAGCUCAGGCCCUCAAAUACCAUCAUCAAACCAAACACAGUUUCACCAACUACGCAAGAGGACCACGUGGCCUUGAUUGGGCCAAUCAACCCAACCCUUUUCGCCGUUACAUCUCUGCUCCUCUAAUUCCUCUCCAGCACUUUCCCACUGAAAAACAAACAAGUCCAGUUGCUGAUGCUCCUUUGUAUUCUUCCCUAUUCCAUUCUCUUCCUCCUCCUAAACCCAUCUCCCAUUCCACAAUCUCCCAACUCUUGUACGAUUCUCUGGCUCUUUCAGCUUGGAAAACAACUGGGUUUUCCACUUGGUCCCUUCGGGUUAACCCCAGCAGCGGCAAUUUGCACCCCACUGAGGCUUACCUUAUUGCUCCGCCUAUUCAAUCUCUCUCUGAUUCACCUUUUAUUGCUCAUUAUGCUCCGAAACAACACUCGCUCGAGCUACGAGCCACAAUCCCAUCUGGGUUUUUCCCCAAAUUCUUUCCGGAUAAUUCAUUUCUCAUUGGGAUUUCUUCUAUUUUCUGGCGGGAAGCAUGGAAAUAUGGAGAACGUGCGUUUCGGUACUGCAACCACGAUGUGGGCCAUGCAAUCGGAGCUAUUGCAAUGGCUGCGGCAACGCUUGGCUGGGACGUCAAGCUUCUGGAUGGGUUUGGAUAUAAGGAUUUGGAGAAGCUAAUGGGGCUUCAGAUUUUCCCGGACUUCAAAAUCCCAUCAAGACCAAUCAAAGGCAAGUUUCCUGACAUUGAAUUUGAGCACCCAGAUUGUUUGAUUCUUGUUUUUCCUAAUGGGAGUAAUCAAUUCGAUGUGAAUUAUAAGGAAUUGAGUUCUGCAGUAAAUGAAUUUUCGAAUUUGGAGUGGAAAGGGAGGCCAAAUUCGCUUAGCAAGGAACAUGUUUGUUGGGGCAUAAUUUAUAGGACAGCUGAGGCAGUUAAAAAGCCAUUAACGGUUCAAAAGGGAAAAUUUCCAGUUGAUCAAUUUCAAAGCAGUGAAAUUUGUAGUGAAAACUCUUAUAAAGGUUUUACAAUCAGGGAAGUUGUUAAGAAAAGAAGGAGCGCGGUUGAUAUGGAUGGAGUAACUGUAAUGGAAAGACAAACAUUUUAUCAGAUUUUGUUGCAUUGCCUUCCUUCAGGGAAAGGAGAGAAGCAUAGAAGACAAUUAGCAUUGCCAUUUCGGGCUCUCUCUUGGGAUGCCGAGGUUCAUGCUGCUAUGUUUGUUCAUAGAGUGGUAGGUUUGCCCAAGGGAUUGUAUUUCUUGGUUAGAAAUGAGGGUCAUUUAGAGGAGCUUAAGACAGCUACCAGGUCCGAGUUUAAGUGGGAGAAACCAGAGGGAUGCCCCGAUGGUCUACCUUUAUAUGAACUUGUUACUGGUGACUAUCAAGAGCUCGCGAAACGGCUUUCUUGCCAUCAGGACAUUGCUAGCGAUGGCUGCUUCAGCCUUGGAAUGGUGGCUCAUUUUGAACCUACCUUAAGUGAGAUGGGUGCAUGGAUGUAUCCUCGAUUGUUUUGGGAAACUGGAGUUCUUGGCCAAGUGUUAUACCUCGAAGCACAUGCUGUCGGCGUAUCUGCAACUGGAAUUGGUUGCUUCUUUGAUGAUCCUGUGCAUGAACUUCUUGGGUUUAGAGGAUCAAAGUUUCAGAGUCUAUAUCAUUUCACUGUCGGAGGCCCUGUGUUGGACAAGCGGAUUAUGAGCCUGCCAGCAUAUCCGGGCCCUAGCAUUGAUGCAUGAUUACAGGAAGCUAUUGUUUAGCACGAGUUAUCACCAUUGGAGCCUACACUAUUAAAGGCUUAUCAAACAGUCUAUAUAUCUAAUAGUCCCCGGUAUGUUUGUAAUUUGGUAGGUUAAUAGAAGUUUGUGGCGAUAAUUAACUGGCUUCAAUCUGCAAUAUACGGUAAAUAAAGUUUUUUUUUCCUCCAAUCAAUGUAAAUUAAAAUCAAGGCAAUGAGGUUUUAUGGUGCGAUAGUUUUGUAUAGGGUAAAUGAUCAUGAUCAUUUGACAACCAUCUUUAAACUAUCGCGUUCUGCUGUUCUAGAAUUGAAUAUUGAACAUUGAACAUUGGAAGGUUUUUUUAAUGCAAAUUGUGUUUUAUUUGU